AUAAAAGCAUGCUUCUUUUUUAGAUGACCUGCAACCAUCGUCAAGAUUUGAUUCACUUGAACGUGCAGACAUCAGGCGAAAGCAGGGUGAAAAGGUCUCCAGAUGCCAAAACAGUCAUUCGCCACUGUAUGUUUUCUUCACAUUUGAAGAUCAAAGCCAUAAACAGAGUUUGAAGAUCCUAAUUUGAUCUGGGUGAAGAGGAGAUCUGAGCUGUCACACCAUUGGAUGUGUAUGCAGAACAGAGGAAAGACAGCCAACAUUAUUGUUGUCCCACAUGCAUAGCCCUUAUUCAUGGGAAGAGAAUCUUCAGCAGAGUAUCUAACCACCAUUGUGCGUCUGAGGAGAGGUUGGCCCAAGAAUUAACCCUCUAGACGCCACUGUUGACUCAACCUACACCUAAUGUAACUGAAUCAGUGUGAGCAAUAGCGGAGUAAGUGUACGUGUGACCCAUUCCAUCAGAACAAUAUCUGUCAACAUCACCUUAUUUUUGUAUCACCAUCAACGUCUAAUGGCAUCUAUAAACAAGAUUAAAUUCCUGGAGGAGUUGGGUCUUAUAUUUGCCGACCCUGAUUCUGAGGGGGAGUAUCUGCCCUCAGACGACGAUGAUGAUGUUAACGAUCCACUCUAUGACCCUGCUAGAGAUGAGUCCCUGACUUGCAAUGGUGGAGAACCUGCAGAAAGUGAGAGUUUAGCCUCACAACCAAAAUCCCAAACUUUGGAUGGUUUGCCGCCCAGUGAAGAUGGUCCAUGGGAUGUGCUGCAAGGCCAAAGAGCCAAUAAGCAUAGUCCAUACAAGCGCAGUCCAUCUAAGCGUAGUAGUCCAUUUAAGCGCAGUCCAUUCAAGCGCAGUCCAUUUAAGUGCAGUCCAUCUAAGCGUAGUCCGUUUAAACAGAGUCCAUUAAAGCGUAGUCUAUCUUGGCAAGACGAGGAGGCUAAUGCCGGCUUUGAAUACUUAACCAAUGAAGAGCCGUCUCAAAAUUGGAUCAGGCCCUUUGAUCGGCCAAUUGGAUAUCGGGGUGAAACAAAACUAUCCAGUGACAGCUCACCUCUGGAUUUCCUGUCGCUCUUUCUCGGUGACGAGUUCUGGAAUAUACUCGUGACCGAGACAAAUCGCUACGCCCAUCAGUAUUUGGGCUCCCAUCGACUCAAGACGAACUCCAGAUUCCACGAAUGGUGCGAUGUGACCACUAGCGAAAUGAAGGCCUUCUUGUCUCUGCAUCUGACCAUGGGCUUGGUAGAGAAAUCAUCGUUGGAGGAUUAUUGGGCCGAAUACUGGCCGACGGCAACGCCUGGAUUCGGGAAGGUGAUGUCCAGGAACAGGUUUCAGAUGAUCUUGUCUUUCCUCCACUUUGCCAACAACGAGGAGUAUGUCGGUGUGGGUCAGCCAGGCCACGACAGGCUAUUCAAAUUGCGGCCAAUCAUCGAUCUGAUCGUUCCCCGUUUCGCAGAAGUGUACGGUCCAUCCAAGCAGCUGUCCCUGGACGAAAUGACCAUCGCCUUCAAAGGGAAGUCGGUCCUGAAAAUGUACAACCCCAGGAAACCAGACAAAUACGGCUACAAGGUGUUUGUUCUGAGUGAGGCCAAGUCAGGUUAUGUGCUUCAGUGGUCCAUAUACACCGGACGAAAACGUCCUGAGGCUGCCAACGCUGAAUUUGGUGCCACGCACCUUAUUGUCCGAGAGCUGAUGGCCCCGUACACAGGGAAAGGGCAUGAGGUGUACAUGGAUAAUUUUUACACCUCACCAGCCAUAGCGGAAGAGCUGGCGAGCAAAGAUACAGGUCUGUGUGGAACUGUUAGAUGUAAUAGGAAGGGGAUGCCGAAGGGAUUGACUGGACAACACCUGCUCUUGGCCAAGGGAGAUGACCCCGUCUUCAUGAGGAAGGGCAAAAUAUUAGCUUGUGCGUGGCAGGAUACCAAGCGCGUCGCCAUGAUCUCUACCAUCCACAGCAACGCGUGCGACAAAAAGCUCAUGAAGGCUAGCAAAUACACCGAUAGUACCAGCGAUAACAGGGAGAUAAACAGGCCGCUGUGUGUCGCCGAUUACAACUCCUACAUGGGGGGCGUCGACAGGGCAGACCAGAGGAUGAAGACCUACCUCUUCCCCCACAGGUCGAAGAAGUGGUACAACAGAAUCUUCAACGCCAUUCUGAGCGUGAGCAUGGUGAACGCGCACAUCAUUUACUGCCGCGUCACGCCUGCUCCUCACAAGCCAUUGAAAGUGUUUGUGCAGGAGGUCAUCACCGCUCUGCUGGAUGGCUUCUCCAGGAAAGAGGGCAAAAAAACAGGGCGGAAGGCGGCCUCGAUGGGUCCCCUGCCGCAGAGACUCACCGAGCGCCACUUCAUCUACAAGACUGAGGAUCACCCGGACUGUGUCGUCUGCUCUGACCGGAGCCGCCCCAAAGGUCGGCGUCAGACCACGUUCAGGUGUCAGCAGUGUGGGGUGGGUCUCUGUGUCGUGCCUUGCUAUGAGAAGUACCACACCCUGAUACACUACAAGAAGUGUCACCUGGAUGCAUAGGGAUUCGUUAGCUCUACAGCAAAAGACCUGCUUUUAAAAAAAACAAGAUUUUAUUUAGGGCUUUUAUGCCUUAAUUUGACACAGGUCAGUGAAGAUGGUGACAGGAAAGCAGUGGUAGAGAGACGAGGGAAGACCGGUAAAUGACCUUGCAACCAAAUCAAAGACGUACCUCUACCGUAACAGUGUGGUGCUUUCCCCGUUUGAGCUUUGUUUUUUGUAACACUUUACUUGACGCCGGCGUCAUAUGCAUGACAUAACAGUGUCAAAAAGUGUCAUGACAGUCAUUAUGUCGACGUCAUAAAUGCUUUAAAGUUGACAUUGUUUGGGCUGUCUUUACAAUAACCGAUGAUGACAACAGUCAUGAAAUGUUUAUGAUAGUGACACAAUGUUUAUGGCACUUACAUGACUGUGUUACAACACUGUUAUAACACUGUCAUGUCAUAUGUAUGACACUGAUAUGAAGUUAGGUGUUACCCAUUUUUUCAUGCAUUUGUAGUGUUCUCUUUCGAUUUAUUAGAAGUCAUUUACACUGUUGAGUUAGUAUUUACUAUUUCCUUAUAUUGUGUUUAUGAAACGCUCCAUGACUUGGAGGAACAUUUCUGAUGAUGAUGCGUUGUAAAUUCAACCAUAUUUCAAAUCAAAGCGCCUACAUUUAUCAACUAGCUUUCUUUGACACACUGUCAAGUUUUUUGCAUAUGCCCACACAAGGAAAUGAUCAUCUCAUCUUGUGUUAUUUCAAUUGUAACACUGAAGUUUUUCUUUUACCUCAGACUUGUACGUUUUUUUUAUCUUUUACCUGACAUGUCUUAAGUAAAAGAAAAACUCAAGUGUUACUGAAACAGUUAGACAUGAUGAACAUUAUACAUCUGUUGUGUUAUUGUGUCAGUAGGCUACAGACACACUCUACCUCUUAUACCUUUAAAGUUAUAGCCAUUUAAAAUCUUUGAAGAUGUCAAAAUCAUUUCAUGAAAAAACACCUUGGUGCCUAAAGGGUUCCAAUGUGCAUGAUGAUAGUUUGUCAAACAUAAACACACUGGCAUGGAAACUGAGGACACAGAGCCCUACUGAUGGCACCUAGACGGACAGAGUGGGGAAGGAGACUCCAUCUUUUGCCUUUUAUUUGUCUCUCAUUUCUCUUUUAUUUUGUUAACUUUUACACUAAUGCAUGAGAGAGAGAGAGCUUUUAUUUGUCUUCGAAAACUUUUACAUUAAUACAUAGAUCGGAAAGGGAGCCUUCAUUUUAUCUUUGUUAACUUUUAUACUGAUACUAAUAAAUUAGUAACUUGUA